AUGCCACCGAUACAGACCAACGUCGAGCCAUCAGAGGAACUGUGGUUCGCCUUUCGACAAAAACACAAUGCCGAACUAUAUGAUUUCCAACAAAAAUCUAAGCAAGCGUACGAGACAGUCCUACAGAAUAUAAACAAGGCAAAAGCGGAGCUUCUUGCCAAACACAAGAAGGAGGAAGAAGAAUUUUGGACUAAGGCGCGGGCGGCAAGUAAAGACAAGAGCAAGAGUGCGAACAAGUCUGCAGCGUCUAAGACGGGGACUCAAGGUCGAAACAAUCGUCAGCAAGCUGCAUCACCAACUCGAAAGGCUACUCCUGAACCCAAACGGACGCAAGCGGUGACCUCGAAAGCGCCUCAGACUUCUACACCUACGCCAGCAUACAACACAAAGACUCAAGCACGUCAAAGCAAGAAGAGAAGUGCUGCGGUCACAAUUAUUGAUCUUUGUUCCGAUGAAGAUGAACCGGUAAAGGAACAGACGAAGCUGGCCCCACCACCAAUUGCGAAAGACCCGGUAUUGGAAUCCCAAAAGAGCGAUAUUAUCGAGGGAGCUGUAAAGCGAGAGCAUGCUAUUCCGUCUGCGAGUCUCGAGUUGUUUGGCAAAAGCGCAAAACAGGGCACGCCAGAGCUACCGCAAUUCAAGCGUGAACAAAACCUCUCCGCUUCCCAGCCCCCAAAUCUAGUUAAACCCUCGCCCAUUGCUUCACAUGAUGCUUCGAUCGCUGCUCUUUCGACACAGCACAGCUCAAUACCUAAAGGGGGUGGCUUUGGUCGUUGGGUUUCAGCGAAUGGGUUACACAUGCCAGCUACUCAGACGCAAAAGUCUCUUCAAGGCAGUGCCUGGACACUCGGAGCUCCAGUCUCGAGAACUUUGGAUAGCACUUCUGCAUGUACGUUUUCAGCCGUUUCUACAUGGGCUACUCCCACGAUUUCUGCUUCAGAGGGCGUACAAUUGUCGAGCGGCUUGGCUCCAUCAAGACCUCCUCUACCUCGUCAGUCUGGCAGUUUGCGAUCGCAGCAAAGCGUGGACUACAGACAAGGCCAGCCACUGAUGCCUCAAGAGUCGGCAUUCCACAGGCUUCCGCUGGAUGACGCUGACACUUUGAAGGGCUCAGUUGCACCUUCACAAGAUGAGCACGAGGGCAAGCCUAUUUCCCAGCCACUGGAGCCAAGUGCUGAAGACAAAUUGAUGCAUGAACCUCCCCGAACUCCACCAAGGCCACAACAGUACAUCUCCAAUAUGCCUCUACCACCUGGACGGUCCUCUCACACUCCCGACGCACUACCUCGAAGUUUCAUGGCUCCUAAGAACACAAGCUUCAGAAGACCUGACUUUUCAGCCAGCGUCACGAAGGACAGCAUGCCGGCUGCUAGAAAUGUGCGUGCUGGCUCACAAGCUUCAGCUUCAACGUAUCGUGCCUCCAGCAUAACACAGAGUCAAUGUGACUUGUCAGCUACACCUCGAACUUCUGUCUCAUCUUUGCGCUCGGGUAGACGAAAGCGAAAGGUAAUCGACGUAAGUAGCGAUGAAAGUGACUAUACCCCGCCAUCUGAAGACGAUGAGCCUAGGUCUCCCAUUAUUGUAGAAGAGUUGUGCAAGAGCGUGAAGGGCAAUGCGGAGAAAUUUGGGCCAGUGACAAAGAAGACCAAGUUUCCUCCACCGCCGCCGCCGGCCAUGGCCUCAAAAAGCGUGUUCAGCAAAGGCAAGAACGGGUACGGCUUCCAGCCCACGUCAAGACCGAAACCUGAGGUCGGCAACCAAGCAGCACUCUCGUUGCCAAAUCAACCACAGCACGCAUCUAUCACGAAGUCUCAGCUGUCUCCACCAACCGCACCGACACCUGCGUCAAAGACGCCCACGAAGCCCAUAGCCACCACACGAGCAGUGCCAGUCUCACGCUCCCCUCGCAAGGCCAAACUUGACGCCUCAGCGAAGAUAUCCCAACUCAGCGAAAUCGAAUUGAGAAUUCGUAACGACAUCGCCGUUGACGAAGCAAAUGGUUACGAAGCGCCUGAAACUGGCGUAGUUGAGCAACUUAGAGGCAGCAUGAGGAGCAUGUCCAUCACACCCGCUCCUAACAACACAGAAGACCAGGGCAUCACUGCAGAGAAUGUGGGGAUGCUGGCCGACCUUUCAGAUACUGAGAGCACUAUAGCGGUACAAAGCACAAAGCACGGCGCGGGAUGGAACUCUUGGACUCACUCUCGCAUCAACGGCGAUAGGAACCUCGCCAAGUUGCGCCCUAAUCGUCCGUUAGUACAAGAUGAAGACGACGAUGACGAUGACCCGGAUAUCAGACAGGCAGAAUCUUAUGAAAUCAAGAAAGAUGGGCGGUGGCAAUCGCGCACGUGUAGUGAGCGCGACUGA